AUGGCUUCUCUGAGAGUGCCGGAGGUUACUGCUCCGAUCCAGGACAGCGAGCGACUCAGAAAGGCUUUUCAAGGAUUUGGGACAGAUGAGGAGGCAGUAAUAUUUGUAUUGGGACACAGAAAUGCAAACCAAAGGAAGAAAAUUAGAGAAACCUAUCAGCAGCUUUACAAGGAAUCACUCAUUGAUCGUUUACAUUCUGAACUCUCCGGAGACUUUAGAAAUGCAGUGAUUCUAUGGACAACUGAUCCUCCAGAAAGGGAUGCAAAAUUGGCAAAUACUGCAUUGAAGGCUAAGAUAAAAGGGAUUAAAGAACUACAAGUUCUAGUUGAAAUAGCAUGUGCAUCGUCUCCUAACCAUCUAAUGGCUGUGAGGCAGGCUUACUGCGCUCGCUUUGAUUGCUCACUGGAGGAGGAUAUUGCAUCCAAUGUUUAUAAGCCCCUCAGUAAGCUUUUGGUGGGCCUAGUGAGCUCCUACAGGUAUGAUAAAGAGGUUGUGGAUCCUGACGCAGUGAUGCUGGAGGCAGCAAGACUUCAUGAGGCAAUCAAUAAGAAGGAAUUAGACCAUGACGACAUUAUUUGGAUACUUAGCACCAGAAAUAUUUUCCACCUCAGGGCGACUUUUGCAAGCUACAAGCAACUAUAUGGGAAUGCAUUGGAGCAGGAUAUCAAAAACUGUGGAACUGGAGAUUUGGAGUCUCUCUUAAAUGUGAUAGUAUGGUGCAUUGAUUGCCCUGAGAGACAUUUUGCUAAGGUUAUAAGAGACUCAAUUGUUGGGCUGGGAACUGAUGAAGAUUCUCUCACCAGAGCGAUUGUAACUCGAGCCGAAAUCGACCUGUUGAAAGUUAGAGUGGAGUAUGCCACCAUGUACAAAUCUAGUCUUGAAGAUGGAGUCGCUGGAGAUACCUCAGGAGACUACGAGAGGUUCUUGAUGACUUUGCUUGGGAAAAUAAUCUGAUACUUCAUAGCCUUAAAACUUCUCUCUGGUUGUAUUCUGGUCGUUAUCUGAGAUUGCUUCAUGGUUAAGACUUUGGAACAAAUGUUGCAGGAGUGAAGGUUGAGACUAAAACCAAUUGUUAGUGAUUCUGAAUUUGCUGUUUGUAAAUAUUUAUUGUGGGCUGAUAUUUAUGUGAGAAAUUAGAGGACAUGGUGUAUGAAUAUCAAGUUGGUAUAGUGCAUGGUGUUGCAAACCUAACAGAGAAACUAUGCUGUUUAUAUUUGGCAUUUUCAGGUGGUCUCUACUUUGAAGCUUUA